CUGAGACUGAGACUGAGACUGUGCUGUGCGCUGUGCUCUUAGAGUGAGUGCUAAGAGAGAGACCAAUUUUUUAUUUUCCCUUAAGAGAGAGACCAAUUUUUUAUUUUCCUUUAUUUCAUUAGUAUUAUUAUUUUAUUUACUUAUUUUUCUUUGGGGAACACUCAAAAGAGUGAAUAUACCCACUACUGACUAAAGUGACUAAGUGACAAGAGUGACAAGGACUUGAGAGAUGCCCUGUUGCAAGUGUAAUAGAACAGGCUCGUGUAGAGGGUGCGUCUGUGUAAAGGCCAAAAGACCCUGUGCUAACUGUCUGCCAAGCAAGCUUGGCAACUAUUCGAACCCAAGUGCUACUGGGCCAUCUUCUCUAUCGUCCCAGAAUCAACUAUUGCAACCCUUGAGUCAGCUACCUGUAAACUUACCUGCAAACCAACCACCAUAUCAACCACCUCCGAGUCAACCAUCUGUGAGUCAACCUGAUAACCUAAACCUACGGACACAGAAUCAACAAUGGCAACCCGUGAGUCAGCUACCUGUAAACCUAUCUGCAAACCAACCACCAAAUCAAUCACCUCCGAGUCAACCAUCUGUGAGUCAACCCGAAAACCUAACGGCAAACCAACCUAAUCAGCCACCCCAGAGGGAGCAUAGUGAACAAGUCGCCGAUUUGCCAAGCCCCUCCCCAACCAAAACUCCCGUGUUUUCAUGGGGCGUUCAUAGUGCAACAGAUUUCUGUGGCAUUCUAGAGGCCACAUAUACAGAAGUAAUACACUGGAGAAAGAACUCCUUCACAGUGCCUUUUGGAAAAGCCGGGAAAGAAUUCGUUGAUGAGCUGUCUAAUCUCUACGCAGCGUUUGCCUCUGCGUCUGCUCUAGAAUCAGUGGCCCUGAAGGCAGCCACCGUCCUCCCCAUUUUGUCUCUACAGAAACCCCAUAGAGCUUCUAAAAACAAAGAAAACAGUGCUUGCCUGACAAGAAGAUUGAAUACCUGGAAGGAAGGAAACCUAAACGACCUAUUGCUUGAAGGGAGAACGAUCCAAAGACGGUUGCGUGCACCGGUAGUAUCUAAGUACGCUGCAAAUCAAUCCCAGGCACGCCUAUUUGCCAACAAGAUGUUCGCCGGAAAAUGUGGAGCAGCACUGGAUAUACUCGCUGACAAUAGAGAAGGGGGUGUACUACACCUUGCUGACCGUGUGGACCCAAACAACCCUAAUUCUCUCACAGUUAGAGAAGCCCUGGCAAACAAACACCCUAAAGGACAGCCCCCCCAUCCAAACUGCAUCCUUCCUUCGCCACCACAAGAAGUACACCCGGUUGUCUUUGACGCCCUAGACGCCUCCUCCAUUCGCUCAGCUGCACUUCACACAUCUGGCUCUGCAGGACCCUCCGGCCUGGACGCAUACCAAUGGCGGAGGUUAUGUACCUCUUUCAAGAGAGCGUCAGACGAACUCUGUCACCAACUUGCCAUGGUUGCGAGAAGACUCUGUACCUCCUAUGUAGCCCCCCCCCUGAUUGCCCCUUUCCUGGCAUGUCGACUCAUUGCACUCGACAAAAACCCUGGGGUUCGUCCUAUUGGCAUAGGAGACACAGCACGAAGAAUAAUUGCCAAAGCUACCCUGUCCUUAAUUAAAACGACAUCCAAGAAGCGUCAGGCUGCAUCCAACUCUGUGGAGGGCAGUUGUCGGGCAUAGAAGCCGCU